AUGACCAGUAUAAAGCGAACGUCCGUUAUUCGAGAUGACCUCAGUGUAGGCGCUCGGGUGCUAGUCAAUAAUGAACUUUCAGGUACCAUUCGAUAUGUUGGAACAACUAGCUUUCAAACAGGCAAAUGGGUUGGUGUCGAACUAGAUGAACCACUCGGUAAAAACAGCGGCGUAGUUCAAGGCAAACGGUACUUUGAUUGUAAGAAUAGCCAUGGUGUAUUCACAAGACCUGCGAAUGUCAAGGCGAUAAACGAGCCUUCAGCACCAUCGACAACGAGAAGGAAAUCCAUAGUAGCCCCACCUACUGAGAGAAGGAAGUCAAUUGCACCUGAUACAGCUUCACAACCCAGAAGAAAAUCUAUUAUACCUUCGUCUAUCAAUACAGCAAAUAUUGCAGAUAGAAGAAAAUCUACCUUGACUCCAUCAGCCUCGCCAUCACCUACUCAAAGAAGAAAAUCUAUUGUGGCAGAUGCAUUACCACAAACGAAGAAGAGACCCACCUCGCUUUUACAAAACACUACAACAGCAAGUCGUACUGGUACGAUUCCUAGCAGUAAAAGCACAGCUGUCCCGAAUAGAAGAUCGGUUGUACCUCCCAAACAAUCCACGAAUGGCACUGCUCCCAUCAAGAGAGCUAGAUCCAAUACACAGACUUCAUCACCUGUAUCCAUAUUGAAGACAAGAACGCCCAUCACAGCACCCACAACACCAGAUACCAUGUUGGAUGAUGAGCAGGAUGAAGAGAUUAGGCGAUUGGAGUUAGAGCAAGCAGAAUUUGAUAACUUAUGUCAAGAAAAUACCACUGCAAAUUCGGCAAUUGUAUCAAGCCCAGUUUCUCUUGAAAAGGAACAAGUCGAUGAUGAUGAUGAGGAGGAGGAAGCAGACGAGGAAGAAGACAACGAAGAAGCAGCAGAUCAGAGGAUCAUUGAACAGAUACAGCAACAGCACCACAUUCAGCAGCAAGAGCCUGUGUAUGGAUCCUUAGCCUCUUCAAGACCUAUUAGUAAAUCAGAUCAGACUGUUCCCCUGAAGGACUAUGAAGAGCUUCGCUUUAAAUUAAAAAUCUUGGAAACCAAGCGGCAUGAAGAUAGAGAGCGAUUUCGAGAGCAUGAAAAGGUGAAGGAGGAAGCAGAGCAAUUUCUGACACUUCGAAACAAGCUGCAAGAUAAAAUUGCAGAACUGCAAAAGGAUGUGCGAGAUACCAAGCGUGAACUUAAGGAGACAAUAGCAGACAAAGAGUCUUUUGAAAGCAAAUACAAUGAUUUGCUUGAAUCCAUGGAGAUGCUGACUCUUGACAAGGAAGUGGCAGAGGAGAGAGCAGAAAAUCUACAACAAGAGACCAACAUGCUGAAAGACAGAAUGGAAGAAAUCAGCGUAGAUCUCGACAUUCUAAAGAAAGAAGCGGAUAUCCUAAACAAACCACCAGAGAUACUGUCCACUGAAAAUGAAGAGAGAACGCCUUUGGAAGUAAUUCAGCUUGAAAGACAUAACGAACGAUUAAAGGAAGCUUUGCUAAGAUUCCGGGAUGCCACCGCCGAGCAUGAAAAUGAACUCAAUAUCAAGAUCAAGACCCUCGAACAAGAAAACUAUGAAUUAGAAGAAAUAAGACUACAAUAUGAGAAAACUAUGGAGAAAUUAAGUGAUGCCGAAGCGCUCGUGGAAGACCUCAAGAUGCAACUCGAUGAUGCUCUAGGAGCAGAAGAUCUUGUAGAUCAACUCACGGAAAAGAACUUGAACUUGACAGAAAAGAUGGACGAACUUAGUGCUACCGUAGACGAUCUGGAGGCAUUAAAGGAAUUGGCUGACGAGCUAGAGGAAAAUCAUAUGGAAACUGAGAAGCAAUUGCAAGCAGAGAUUGAUCAUCGUGAUAUGCUACUAAGAGAACAGUUGGAGCGUCUGAGAGCCAACGAAGAAACAACUGCUGACUAUGAAGCCACUAUACAACAAUUCAGAGAGCUCGUGGUGCUAUUACAAAACGAUUUGGAAGAGCUCAAGAGCAAAGAGCAAACAGAGCAAUCAGAAAAGAAGGCAUUGAGCAGUCAAUCACAAGCCAUGAUGUCCCUCAACUUCCAAUUGCAAACGACUGUGAUGAAGGCACAAGCCAAGGCCAUUGAUAUUGAACUGAGAAAGUUGGAGGCGUCUCAAGCCAACGAACGACUGAAUAUGAUUCAACCCUAUUUACCAGAGUCCUUCUUCAAGACUGAAAAUGACCCUAUCUCUUGUUUGCUGUUGUUCAAGCGCAUGGAGUUUAAGGCAGGUCUUAUUGUCAAGCAUCUGGACCAAAAUUACCCCAUCAGCGAAAAGAUUAUGGACAACGUUACCGAGAACCUAGUUACCAUCUGUGAAAUGAAGCAAAGAGCAGGCUGGCUGAGCUCUUUAGCUACACGAUUCCAAACUUACAUCAAGAACUGCGAUGUGUCAACUUUCUCUAAAAUGGGCAAGGUGUAUCACGACUUGAUUGGCGUUGAAAGAAGAAUGAAUGGUAUUGUAGAGCUGUUUAGAACAGACCAGGUGAAUGAGGUGCACUGCUUGACUGAAUUGCAGCGUGUCAUUGCUCAGGUGGAACAUUUGGCUGAAAACCAUUUGCAGCAGCAAGAGAAAAGCAAUGCUGAUCAGUUCUUUGGCCUUACCAAGGCUUUGGAUCUGAACGCAGACCGCAUGAUUGUCAUCUUGACUUACGCUAAACAGUCGCUGGACAACUCAGCAAGAAUGGAAGGUAUGAGGAUUGCGGAAGGCGUGGAACAGAUGGAUCAAGACUACAACGAGCCUCUUGGACGCCUUAUUGCUCAAGCCAAGAACAGCAAGAUUAUAGCCAAGAAGUUGAUGCGCCAGCUAGAAGAUAUGUUUGAGGAAGCAAUGACCUUGAAAUCAGAGUAUCUGCAUAGAUUUAGAAUGCUGUAUGCCAUCAGCACAAAACUAUGCAAAUUCUGCUUUGAUUCCUACAAGGACAUUACAUCCUAUAUCGACACCAAGAGAGGCAGCCAUGAAGAGAUUGAGUUAUCGCAUAUUCAGAAGUUGUUGCGUGAGAAGGGGGAUGAGAUAUUUGAGAUGGUUGAAAGCUCCAUGUGGGAGAAUGCAUUACGAAAUGUCAAGACACUUACAAACGAGCUGGAAACCACCUUUGCCCAAAUUGAGCGUGAUGACAAGCUGGAUAAGAUUACCACAAAUGUCGCUCCCUGGAUACAGCGUGCCUCAGACAUCAAGGCUGAGGUCGUAGUCAACCAUGAAUUAGAGCACAAGCUGCAGCAGCAUAAUGAUGAGAUCAUCAAACUCAUCAAGGAUGUUCGCAUGAAGGAUCAGACAUUACAAGAAUCGGAGGUCAAGAUUAGCUUACUCGAGAAGCGCAUGGAGGUAGCAAAGAAGGAGAUGGAACAAAUCAAGUCGUUAGAGGACGAUUUAGAGAAAUCCAUGAAUCAGGAACAGAUGUAUGCAGAAGCCAUGGAGAAUCUUCAAAAUGAGUACGAUCAACUAGAGUUGGAGAAUAACCAGCUCAAGAAGGAAGCCAACAAACGGGAAGAGAAGAGACAAUCCAUCUUGCGCAAGGCCAACUUUGAUCUGGCAGAGGGAGAGGACUCUGAGCACAUGCAAGAGAUGGCAGGUGGUUAUUAUGAAAUGGCGGGACACAUGGAGACGCUCAAGGCUUCGAUUCGUUAUCUCAGAGCUGAAAAUGCUCAAUUGAAGAGCGCAGAUUUCUGUAGAUCUUUGGAUUUGACGCCAUCUCCUGCUGUCAGUAAAAAUCAACCGAGAAACGAGUUGAUCACAGGUAUUGCUCGAGAAACUAGAGUGCUGGUGAAGGAUAUGAGAAUAGCAAGUGCCUCUCCUCGUGUGGUUCAACUCGCUGCCCCGACCAAUAUAUCCAAAUGGUCCAGCAUCAAGAAAUCACCUGAUUACCAAUACCAAACACAACAAUCUGUACUAUACACACUCAAGCAACGCAGUGUUCAGCUGAGGAGCAAAGUGGAUGAUCUUCAAAUCACAACUGAUGCAUUGCCGAGCAUCAGUUAUGAAAAGAAACGAAUGCCACAACAGCAACUUGGUCUUAUCAAAAUCCCCAGAUUACCGUCCAUGAACACUACCACCGCCUCAAAUCACUGUAUCGAAGUUGCAAAUGCAUCCGAUUUCAAUCGAUUACAUAGUGUCUUUAUUCAAACAUAA